AUGGCGAACGCAACUUACAGAUUCGUGCAGAAACCCGUCGUGAUACCGAGGCUCGAUGUAAGCGGUUUACUAGGAACUCCGUUCCCAUUCAUACGAGCGUACAGUUCCGAUCUUCGUUCCUUCAACAUUCAUGAAAAGGAUUUUGUCGCAUUCCUCGAUAAUCUCAGUGUCGCCCAGGCCCCACCAGUUCCGCUCCAGGCGCUGGAUACAGCAGGCCAUGUGGUAGGCAUUGUACCGCACCAUUGGGCAAUGAUCGCUGGUACCAGCAUGAACAUGGUAGCCGGAAUCGGAACAGCUGCAACGACAAGAACGCGAACCAGCCGAUUUUUGGAGACAGCAAACCGAGAAUACUUUGCGCCUCGCGGGCUGAAAGUUUCGAUCUACAAGGAAAGACAAUUGGCAGAGAGGCUUCACUAUGAUCUAAACAUGCCUCCAUUGUCACCCCUUGGUAGCAGCUCUUUGCCCCAAACAGCAGGACACCGCCGAUUACAAGUGCUCAUGCCUCACAUAGCACCAUUGUCGUUCAAUGUAUCCCCACCAAUGGAGCAACGCAACUCUCUCGAUAGAUUGGCUGCAAAGCAGAUCGAACGUCGUAUCAGGAAGAAAGAAGAAGACAGCUACAGCUCCGACUCGAGCAUGAGCUCUGUAUCUACGCAUAGUAAACCAGACAGAAGGAUGGAAAAAGACCAAAAGACGGUCGCGAAGAUGGAGUAUAUUGUCGUGGAGUCACUACAUGCGUUAGCGUAG